AUGAAAAUCGGACAAAACCGCGAGGGGGCCGGCUUGAUGGAACUGACCACGGGAAAGACGCACGUUGGACGCAUGUUGGAUUUGUCUCGGUCUCCCCCUAAAAUACACGAAUUCAUCACGGCCUGCUCGACACAACAGGACAUAAUAUCGCCUCAAGACCAUUCACUGCAGAGCCUCAAUGAGAUGGCAGACGGCCGUUGCUUUAUGUUUCCUGGUAACGUGUGUAUAGCAAAGCUCGAGGCCUGGGAACUCGACUUGAAGCGGUGA